AUGGAUCUCAAUUCAAAGCCUGGUUCUAGUGCAAGUUAUUAUCCUCAAAAAGGAUUGGAAGGGGUUCUGACACACCUUAAUUGUCAACAAAAGCUUGAGUUUCCCUCAUCUAAGCCUCUAUAUCUCACAAAUGUGAGUCGGCGGAGAAUCAAAAGCAGGAAAUUGAAUAAUCGGACACGGAAUUCGAAAAUGAACCAGAGUUUUUCAAUACGGAAAAAUCGACUAAGAAAUCAAAACAGAAGUCCAGAUCCUUACUCUGAGAAAGAGAAAAAUCCUUGGAACAAUAAGAGUGCUUCACAUUACAUUAAUUUUCAUCCAACUGAGUCGAUAUACAAAACAAGGAACAAUUUUAGUGCAGAAAAAGGUCAUCAACCGCGAUCAUUGUUUAAUUCAAGCAAUACCAUAUCAGAUUCAACAAAUUUCCAAAAUUCUCAAAUCCAGGUCUCUUUAGAUAAAAUGUCCAGGAAAGAAAGGUGCUCCAAGGCUAACAUCUCAAGCUACAACAUUGAUACAGGAAAAUUGAUAAAAUAAGGCGGAUUCUAAGAUCAAAGGCAUUUUACAAACUCUGCAUGGCCUUAAUGCACCUGCGAAGAGCCUUGCUGGAACUCAUGACAAAUCAAAGAACACUGAAUAUGAAGAAGGAUACAUCCUUAACGCAGGCCGUCCAGGAACCUCAGCUGAGAAAGUGGCAGAGCCUCAGGAUCACCAAUCUAUUUCACAAAGAAAAGCAAGGCUCAGAAGAAACGCAAAAAGCCUAAAUACUUCUUCAGUUGUAAAGAAUGGCUCUAUGCGUCAUAAGGACCUUGAGGACCGUAUUGAGAGAGAUAUUGAGUAUCUCAUUGACAAUCCUUUCAAGCUGAAGAAAUUUGAAGCUAUUUUAGACAACAUCAAACAGAAGCAUAAAUAGCAAAAAAACUGCCAAACAUACUGAGAAUUUUGUGAAGAAGAAUAUCUCCUUCCCUGAAGGGUAUAACCGAGUGAGGAAGACUAGUUACGACCAAAAAGUAUUCCAUGUGAAAAAUAGAAGAUACUACAAAGAAGCUCUAGAUCGAGAGAAGAAGAUCUAUGAUAACCAACGGUGGGAAAUCUUCAGGAAAAAUUGUGAUAGGGAAAAACAGAUGGUUCUAAAAACGAAAAUUAAAUAAAGCCAGAGCUAAGCACAUCUUCACUCUAUACAAUAUAAGACAAGUUUUGAGAAUUCUUCGAAAUGAAGCAUCCAAGAAGAAGGAAGAGAUGGUUUUGAAGAACCGGAUGAGAUUUGCAUCAAAGAAGAUCCACAAAAACUACCAAAAAUCAGCCCUUAAUUUAGCCCCAACACUAUAUGACAGGAAUGUCUCUAGGAUCAGACAAUCUUUAAGCUUCUCCCAUGUGAUUCAGAAUGACUGGUAUGUAGAGAAAGCGUCUCAAUGAGUGCGAUGGAUCUUGGAUGAAGUUUCGUUUAGAAAACACAUCCAGUCUAAAUUCAUUAACUUCACUAAAAGUGUAGCGAUUAUUCAGGUAUUUUACAAGGAAAGAUUACGAAAGAAGAAAGAAAAAGAACAAAGAAAAAUUUGGGAGGAAGCAAGGAAGUCAUAUAAAAAGAAAGGAAAAUCAAAGAGACAUAAGAACAGGAAAUUCUCCAGAGCUUCUGGGAAGUCUGUCCUCUCCAAGAAAUCAUUGAGUAUCAAGCGUGAGAAAGAGCCUCAGAGUUCGAUCUUUUUAAGUGAAAUCCCCUAACAGAAAUGGCACUUAAAUAAUCAAAUUCA